AUGCCACGAAAAUGUCAACGCCAGCGAUCCAGGGAUUCGGAUCAUUUUGAGCAGAAUUACGAGUAUUUUCAUUGUUGCGGUUCAUUACGUUAUGUUGACAAACCAGCUUUGAUGAUGUUACUCAUCAAACUAUUUUCAUCGCGUGUAGAGGAGCGAUUUCAAAUAACUGUAACACCAAAUGGUCGGAUCAUCCGUUGCUGUUCUGGAUUGCCAUUCAUUCUGAAACACCUUCCACAAGAUCUUACUGGACGUUAUUAUUACGAUCUCAUCCAUGAGGGCGAUCUGCUUGACGUAGCAUAUCAUCAUAAACAAGUAUUAAGUCAGCGUGGCACAAAGGAAGCGAGUUACAGAAUCAGGGCAGUGAAUAAGCAUUGCGUCGAAGUAAAUGCUACUUGGAUGCCGUUUACGAAUCCAUGGAAUCUCAAAACACAAUUUAUCAUCAUUAAUCAUCGAAGCAACUCAGUAAGAUGCGAUGAAGAAUCAAGCCCGGAGCAGAGUAUUCUAAGACAACUACUAUCAAAUAAGCGGUCUCAGAGAAACUAUCAGGAAACAACUGAAUCAGUAAUUGGUGUCGCUCGACUGGGAGAAUCUGUUGCUGAAGCAUCAUAA